AGUAAUUCACAGCUCUGGUUUUCUGAAGUCAACAUCUGGUGGGAAUAUUGCUUGGCUUUGACAUGGGAUUUAAAAAGGACCUACUUCUUCUUGGACUAGUGUGUCUGCUGGGAAAAUGUGACUCUGAAUGUGGAUUGGGCUACUCCGUGAAUGAAAAUGAUAAAUGUGUGGAUAGAGAUGAGUGUAAAGAAAUCGAGGAACCAUGUGGGAAAAACUCAAACUGCUUUAACACACUAGGCAGCUUCUACUGUCAGUGUCUUUCUGGGUUCGAACACGGUGGUCCUAGCCAAAACUUCACAGCAUUUUCUGGAGUACAGUGCCAAGAUAUAAAUGAAUGCAUGGACGCUAAAAUAAAGGAAAACAUCUGCGGAAAGAAAGGAACUUGUCAGAAUGUUGAUGGGAGUUACUGGUGCAAGUGUGAAGAAGGUUACGCCAAUUAUGGAAACAAGAGCACACUAUGCUUAGAUAUAGAUGAAUGCAAUGACGCUGACAAAAACGAAGACAUCUGUGGAAAGAAAGGAACUUGUCAGAAUGCUGAUGGGAGUUACUGGUGCACGUGUGACAAAGGUUACACCAAUUAUGGAAAAGAAAGAGCACCAUGCUUACAGCUUGACUGUGAUACCUUCAGUAACAACAGCAGGCCUUCACAGUCGCUUGGAGGCCUGGCAGGCAUUUUGUCCAUGAUGAGAAACAGCUGUUUGAGUCUGUCUAACCCAAGCACUGCUGGUGUAGGGAAGGUUGAUGGAGAAGCGCUACUGGAGAAACUUUUCACAGCUGCUGAGGUGAUCCUGUCUCCCAGACAACUGGGCAGCAGUGACGGUGUGACCGACUUGCUCAACACAAUGGAGCACUCUAUUUUGCUGAUCGGCCCUCAGCUCAAAGCCAACCGAACCAAGAUAGAGACCACAGAGACAGAUGUAGAGAUUGCUGUUCAAAGAGGAAAGACCCGACCAACUGGACCAAUCCAUUUGAUGAAUGAAAACGCUAGCCUCGACACUGACUGGACAACAGCAGCUGGGAUGGGAACAUACCCCGGUUUUGCUCUGGCUGCACUGUUGACCUACAAGAACCUUGACAAAUCCAUGAAUGAGUCUUUUGAGGAUCUCAAAGAACCUAAUAAAGAUGGUGUGGAACCCUCCUUCCAGGUGUCCUCCCGAGUUGUGUCUGUUGUGGUCUCCAACCCGUCCACUCAGAAACUGAAUCGUGCUGUUAACAUCACCCUCAGACAUCUACAGGACAAAGAGGAGUCCUCUGAGAUGAAGUACAUCUGCGCAUACUGGAAUGAAACAGGAGUCUGGUCCACAGCUGGUUGCUCACCGCAGCACUCUAAUGCCACACACACUUUGUGUUCAUGUAAACAUCUGAGCAGUUUUGCUGUGCUCAUGGCCCUUUACCCCAUGGAGCACACCUUUGGGCUCUUGCUGGUGACCAAGAUUGGGCUGACCAUCUCCCUGCUGUGUCUGGUGUUGUGCAUCCUGACAUUCGUGUUCUGCCGAUCCAUACAAGGCACUCGUACCACCAUCCACCUGCACCUCUGCAUCUGCCUUUUCUUAGCUGAUCUCAUCUUCCUGGCCGGCAUUUCUCGAACUAAACCUGAGGGCGGCUGCAGGUCUGUUGCAGCGAUGCUUCAUUUCUUCUUCUUGGGUGUUUUCACAUGGAUGCUGCUAGAAGGGGUGCAGCUGUACCGUAUGGUUGUCCUGGUGUUUAAUGCCACCAUCAGGCCCGUCUACCUGUACGUCACGGGUUAUGGGGCACCUCUUGCUAUCGUCAUGAUAUCUGGCAUCAUUAGACCAACGGGAUACGGCACUGAAGAGUACUGCUGGCUAUCCCUGAAACACGGCCUCAUCUGGAGCUUCUACGGCCCCGUUUGCCUCAUCAUCUUCCUGAAUGUCUUUUUCUUCAUCGUCACUGUGUGGAAGCUCGCCCAGAAGUUCACCAGCCUCAACCCAGACCUCUCCAAGCUGCACAAAAUUAAAGCUUUCACAGUGACAGCUAUAGCCCAGAUGUGUAUCUUGGGUCUGAUGUGGGUGUUUGGGGCCUUCUUGUUUCAAGAGGGAACAACAGUGGUGGCGUAUAUCUUCACCAUUCUCAACAGCUUACAGGGUGCACUGGUCUUCAUCAUGCACUGCCUGCUGUCUAAACAGGUGAGAGAUGAGUACGCCCAUUUCCUCUCCUGUAUCUGCACACCACAGAAGAAGAGAUACUCGGACUUCAGCACCACCAAUCCCUCCAGCAGUCACUCACAAGGUUCUCGAAGUGGGCAGCACACCGGAGAAUCUCAAAUAUGAGGAACUUUUUUCUUUAAUUCUCCCCAGAAAGACAGACUGUCACACCUUCGGCCUAUUUUGGCCCUGAUUUUAAAGGUCUGAAUCACUUCAAAUAAAAAUUCAGUCCCUUAUUUUAUCAUAUGUGUCCAUUUAAACCACACUGAAAGUGGUGGCUCUUUACUUGGGAGUUUGGACCCACCACAGGGGUUGCAAAAUGAAUUGAUUAAAUUGAUUGAUUUAUGAGUUAGGAAAAGGAAGCUAAAAAUUGUUUUUGUGAUACACAAAAUUAUACUGCUGUUUCUGAAUUUUCUCUAAUGUUUUCAUAUCAAAAUGAAAAAUCCUCUUUGGUACUGUGGAUCUGCAGGCAGGUAUUACUGGUCUUUAAAAGUUCAUCCACCAGAUUGGUUGUUUACUGCUGCAGAUGGAGUUAAACUUCAGUCUUUCAGAGACUAGUGAAAUAACGGGACCAAACAUUUUAACAACUUUGAAGCCAUAAACCUAAAUCCAGUAAACUGAAUCGCAUCAUCAGUCAAUCAGCUACAUUAUGGGUCAUACGGUCUGGCAUUUACCUCAUUUAUUUAGUUAUUUUCAUUACUGAUAAUAUUCUACAGCACUCUCUGUAGAUCCAGUUGUAUCGGGAAGGACUGAUUUUUAUUUGAGCGUAGAAUAAUCCGAUACACGUGUUACUUAUGUGACAACAGGCAAAAAAAAAAACAAAAA